CAAAGGGUCUGAGGAAGGAAGAGGCCACAGAAGGGGCCAUGGUAACGCUGCACUGUGAGCUGAGCAAGGCGGCCCCUGUGGAGUGGAGGAAGGGGCUCGAGACCCUCAGAGCUGGGGACAGAGUCAGCCUGAAGCAGGACGGGGCUGUGUGUGAGCUGGAGAUCCAGGAACUGGUUGUGGCGGAUGCCGGGGAGUACUCGUGCGUGUGCGGGCAGGAGAGCACGUCGGCCACAUUGACCAUCAAGGCCCUGCCCGCCAAGUUCACAAAGGGUCUGAGGAAGGAAGAGGCCACAGAAGGGGCCAUGGUAACGCUGCACUGUGAGCUGAGCAAGGCGGCCCCUGUGGAGUGGAGGAAGGGGCUCGAGACCCUCAGAGCUGGGGACAGAGUCAGCCUGAGGCAGGAUGGGGCUGUGUGUGAGCUGGAGAUCCAGGAACUGGUUGUGGCGGAUGCCGGGGAGUACUCGUGCGUGUGCGGGCAGGAGAGCACGUCAGCUACACUGACCGUCAGGGCCUUGCCCGCGAAGUUCACAAAGAGUCUGAGGAAGGAAGAGGCCAUGGAAGGGGCCACAGCCACACUGCGCUGCGAGCUGAGCAAGGCAGCCCCUGUGGAGUGGAGGAAGGGGCUCGAGACCCUCAGAGCUGGGGACAGAGUCAGCCUGAGGCAGGAUGGGGCUGUGUGUGAGCUGGAGAUCCGAGGUCUGGCUGUGGCAGAUGCCGGGGAGUACUCGUGCGUGUGCGGGCAGGAGAUCACGUCGGCCACACUGACCAUCAAGGCCCCGCCGUUGGUAUUCAGGGAGCCUUUGCAGAGCCUGCAGGCUGAGGAAGGCACAGGGGCCAGGCUGCGAUGUGAGCUGUCUGAGCCCAGGGCUGUGGUCUGGAGCAAGGGUGGCCUGGAGCUGCAGGCCGACGAGCGCCGGGAGCCACGGCAGCAGGGCUGCAUGGUGGAGCUGGUGCUGCGGGACCUGCGCUGGGAAGAUGCGGGCGAGUACACCUGCACCUGUGGCUCCCAGGCCACCAGCGCCACUGUCACCGUCACAGCUGCACCCGUGCGGUUCCUCCGGGAACUGCAGGCCCAGGAGGUGGAUGAGGGUGGGACUGCACGCCUGUGCUGUGAGCUGAGCCGGGCGGGCACCAGUGUGGAGUGGCGCAAGGGCUUGCUGCAGCUCUUCCCCUGUGCCAAGUACCAGAUGGUUCAGGAAGGCGUGACUGUGGAGCUGCUGGUGCACGAUGCAGACCAGGAGGACGCUGGGCACUACACCUGUGACACAGGCCACGCACAGAGCACUGCCAGACUCUCAGUUCGCGCCCCCAGGCCCAUGUUCCAGACUGAGCUGCAGGACGCAGAGCAGGAGGUGGGCAGCCUGGCCCGGCUGUGCUGCCAGCUGAGUGAGGUGGAGCCUGGGGCCCCUGUGCAGUGGCUCAAGGAGGGUGUGGAGCUGCACACUGGCUCCAAGUACGAGAUGCAUCACCGGGGGGCCAUGUGUGAACUGCUGAUCCACGGGCUCGAGGCCAAGGAUGCGGGCCAGUAUGCCUGCGUGGUGGGUGGCCAGAAAACCAUGGCCUCUGUCAAGGUCAGAGCCCCCCAGGUGACCAUUCUGGAGCCCCUGCAGGAUGUGCAGCUCAGUGAGGGCCAGGAUGCCCAUUUCCGAUGCCGGCUGUCCAGGGCCUCUGGCCAGGAGGCUCGCUGGGCCUUGGGAGGAGUGCCUCUGCAGGCCAACGAAAUGAAUGACAUUACAGUGGAGCAAGGCACACUCCACUCGCUCACUCUCCACAAGGUGACCCUCGAGGAUGCAGGAACCAUCAGUUUCCAGGUGGGCUCAUGUAGCUCAGAGGCCCAGCUGAAGGUCACAGAGGCAGCGCCAUGCCUGGUACGUGGCUUGCAGAAUGUGGACGUCUUUGCGGGGGAUGUGGCCACGUUCUCCUGUGAGGUGUCCUGUGCGGGUGGGCCCGAGGCCUGCUGGUGGCUGGAUGGGACUCUGCUGCAGGACAGCCCCCAGAGUGCCAUCUGCGUGCACGAUGGGACGGUUCAUUCCCUCACGCUGUCGGGCCUGGGGGUUGCUGACUCAGGCACCGUCACCUACCGUGCAGGGCCCCUGGUCUCCACGGCCAAGUUGUUGGUCAAAGAUCCUGCAGUGGAGGUGGUCAGUGCCAUGCAAGACCUGGCGGUGGAGGAGGGUGGCCCAGCCGAGCUCCUCUGCCAGUACUCACGGCCAGUGCAGGCCACGUGGAAGAUGGACGAGCAGGAGGUGCGCGCCGACGGGCGUCGCGUCAUCAUAGAGCAGGACUGGACCGUGGCCAGGCUGUCCUUCAGACCAGCCUUGCCCUGCGACAGUGGCAUCUAUUCUUGUGAGGCUGCGGGCACCCGAGUGGUGGCUCUGCUGCAAGUGCAAGCCAAGAAUACAGUGGUGCGUGGCCUGGAAAACGUGGAGGUGCCCGAGGGGGGCGAAGCGCUAUUUGAGUGCCAGCUGUCCCGGCCAGAGGUGGCUGCACACACCUGGCUGCUGGAUGACCAGCCCGUGCUCAGCUCAGAGAACGCUGAGGUGGUCUACUUCGAGAAUGGUCUGCGGCACCUGCUGCUGCUCAAAAACCUGCGGCCUCAGGACAGCUGCCGGGUGACCUUCCUGGCUGGGGAUGUGGUGACCUCAGCGUUCCUCACCGUCAGAGGCUGGCGCCUGGAAGUCCUGGAGCCCCCGCGGGAUGCGGCCGUGGGGGCAGGAAGGCAGGCCCACUUCAGCUGCACUCUCAGCGAGGUGGUGCCCGUGGGCGAGGCAACCUGGUACAUCAACGGGACUGCAGUGCAGCCUGACGACGUGGACUGGAUGGUGACCGCAGAUGGCAGCCACCACACGCUGCUGCUGCGCCGAGCCCGGCCGCACCACGCCGGCGAAGUCACCUUUGCUGCCCGCGAUGCCGUGGCCUCUGCGCAGCUCACCGUGCUGGGCCUCCCGGAUCCCCCGGAGGAUGCCGAGGUCGUGGGGCGCAGUGACCACUCCGUGACGCUGUCUUGGGUGGCCCCAACAAGCGAUGGCGGUGGCGGUCUCUGUGGCUACCGGGUGGAGAUGAAACCAUCGGCCACUGGGGAGUGGCAGCUGUGCCACGAACUGGUGUCCGAGCCGGAGUGCGUUGUGGAUGGCCUGGCCCCUGGGGAGACCUACCGCUUCCGCGUGGCGGCUGUGGGCCCUGCAGGCGCCGGAGAGCCCGUGCACCUGCCCCAGACAGUGAGGCUCGAGCCCCUGGGACCUGCGCCCGCGCCCCUAGCUCUGGAGUGCCGGCAGGUGGCGGCCGGCCAGGAUUUGCGUCUGGAUUGUGAGGUGGUGGAGGCUGGAGAGGUUGUCUGGCUGAAGGGAACGGAGCGCAUCCAGCCUGGGGGGCGCUUCCAGGUUCUUUGCCAGAGUGGGCGACAGACGCUGGUGAUUCGGGACUUCUCAGCAGAGGACCAGGGCGAGUACCGCUGCAGCCCUGCCAGGGAUCCCAUCUCUGCUGCUGCCGUGGCCUUCCAGGUGGUGCUGACACCAGGAUCCAGAGAUGAGGUCCCUGCACAGCCCAGCCUGCCUCCUGAGGCGGCCCAGGAGGGUGACCUGCACCUGCUGUGGGAGGCCCUGGCUCGAAAGCGCCGCAUGAGCCGCGAGCCCACACUGGACUCCAUCAGCGAGCUGCCUGAGGAGGAUGGGCGCCUGCAGCGCCAGCGCCAGCGGCAGGAGGCAGAGGACCUGGCCCCUGACCUAUCUGAGGACUACUCCACAGCUGAUGAACUGGCACGUACUGGUGAGGCCGACCUCUCACACACCAGCUCUGACGACGAGUCCCGAGCAGGCACUCCUUCCCUGGUCACCUAUCUCAAGAAGGCUGGGAAGCCUGGCACCUCUCCACUGGCCAGUAAGGUUGGGGCUCCAGCAGUCCCUUCUGGAAAGCUGCAGAAGCAACAGAAACAGCCAACCACAGUGUGCCCGCCACCAGGAGACCUGAGUAUUGAGGACCUCAGUGACCCAUCUCUGGACAAGGCAGCCAUGAAGAUCCAGGCUGCCUUCAAGGGUUACAAGGUGCGGAAGGAGAUGAGGCAGCAGGAGGGGCCCGUGUUCCGGAGCACAUUUGGAGACACUGAGGCACAGGUUGGGGACACCUUACGUCUAGAGUGUGUGGUGUCCAGCAAGGCAGACGUGCAAGCUCGUUGGCUGAAGGAUGGAGUGGAGCUGACGGAUGGCAGGCACCACCACAUUGACCAGCUCAAGGAUGGCACCUGUUCUCUGCUGGUCGCUGGCGUGGGCCAUGCGGAUGCGGGCUGCUACACCUGCCAGGUGAGCAGCAAGUUUGGCUGUACGGUCCACAGUGCCCACGUGGCUGUCAGCGGGACAGAGAGCGAGGCUGAGAGCUCCUCUGGUGGAGAAGUGGAUGACGCCUUCCGCCGGGCAGCCCGGCGGCUGCACCGCCUCUUCCGCACCAAGGGCCCAGCUGAGGUUUCGGAGGAGGAGAUCUUCUUGAGUGCCGAUGAGGGCUCAGCGGAGCCUGAGGAGCCUGGGGACUGGCAGACGUACCGCGAAGAUGAGCACUUGGUUUGCAUCCGCUUUGAGGCACUGCCUGAGGCCCGUCGGGCGGCCACCCACUUCCAGGAGAUGUUCAAGAUGCUAGGCAUUGGGGUGGACAUCAGCCUGUUGGAGCAGGGACCCCGGGGGGUGGAGAUACGCAUCGCCAAGGUGGCCCUUGCCCCCGCAGUGCCUUUGGAGCCAGUGCCCAGCUUGCGCACCACAGAGGCUGCCCCAGUGUUCCUGACUGAGUUGCAGAAUCAGGAGGUGCUGGACGGGUACCCUGUGAGCUUCGACUGUGUGGUGACAGGCCAGCCCGUGCCCAGUGUGCGCUGGUUCAAAGAUGGGAGGAUCCUGGAGGAGGAUGACCACUACAUGAUCAGUGAUGACCAACAGGGCGGCCACCAGCUCAUCAUCACAGCUGUGGUGCCUGCAGACAUGGGUGUCUACCGCUGCCUGGCUGAGAACAGCAUGGGUGUGUCCUCCACCAAGGCUGAGCUCCGAGUGGACUUGACCAGCACUGACUAUGACACUGCCGCGGAUGCCACCGAGACCUCGUCCUACUUCAGCGCCCAAGGCUACCAGUCCAGUCGAGAGCAGGAGGGUGUAGAGUCUACGUCAGAAGAGGGACAAUUGCCCCAGGUGGUGGAGGAGCUGAAAGACCUCCAGGUGGCCCCUGGCACACGCCUGGCCAAGUUCCAACUCAAGGUGAAAGGCUACCCGGUGCCCCGCCUGUACUGGUUCAAAGAUGGGCAGCCCCUGACUGCUUCUGCGCACAUUCGCAUGGUGAACAAGAAGGCACUGCACAGCCUGGAGAUCCUGUCGGUUACCAGUGAGGAUGCCGGCCAGUACUCUGCCUAUGUCAGCAACACUGUGGGUGCCGCUUACUCCUCUGCCCAGUUACUGGUCCAAGGCCCUAAUGACCCAGAAAAGAAGCCGGCAGCAGAUGUGCAGCAACAGCUGGUGCCACCCCGAUUCCUGGAGAAGUUCACCUCUAAGAAGGUGAAGAAGGGCUCCAGCAUUACUUUAUCCGUGAAGGUCAAAGGUCUCCCCACCCCCACUGUGCACUGGCUGCGGGAGGAGGCCGAGCAGGUGCUGUGGAUUGGCCAGGACACCCCGGGCUACACGGUGGCCAGCUCAGCCCAGCAGCACAGCCUGGUCCUGCUGGACGUGGGCCCACAGCACCAGGGCACCUACACCUGCAUCGCAUCCAACGCUGCUGGCCAGGCCCUCUGCUCCGCCAGCCUGCAUGUCUCUGGCUUGCCCAAGGAGGCAGGAUCAGUGGGAGAGACCGCUGCGGUGAAGGAGGCCCUCAUCUCCACCUUUCUUCAGGGGACCAAAGCCAUCUCCGAACAGAUGCCUGUGGAUUUCACCAACCUUGCUGGGCAGAAAGGAGAGCCCCUGGCAGCCGAGGCCCAUGGCCACCUGACCCUGGCUGAGGUGGGCACGGAGGAGUUCCUGCAGAAGCUGACCUCACAAAUCACGGAGAUGGUGUCGGCCAAGAUCACCCAGGCCAAGCUGCAGGUGCCUGGAGGUGACAGUGACGAGGAGUCCAAGACACCGUCCGCAUCUCCCCGUCAUGGCCGCUCUCGCCCCUCCUCCAGCGUCCAGGAGUCAUCCUCGGAGUCGGAAGACGGGGACUCCCGGGGGGAGAUCUUUGACAUCUACGUGGUCACUGCUGACUACCUGCCCCUAGGGGCUGAGCAGGACGCCAUCUCGCUGCGGGAGGGCCAGUAUGUAGAGGUGCUGGACUCGGCCCACCCUCUGCGCUGGCUUGUGCGCACCAAGCCCACCAAGUCCAGCCCCUCAAGACAGGGCUGGGUGUCCCCUGCCUAUCUGGACAAGCGGCUCAAGCUGUCGCCUGAGUGGGGGCCCGCUGAGGCCCCCGAGUUCCCCAAGGAGGCCGUGUCUGAGGAUGAGUACAAGAUGAGGUUGAGCUCCAUCGUCCAGGAGCUGCUGGCCUCUGAGCAGGCCUUUGUGGGCAAGCUGCAGUUUCUGCAGAGCCACCACAUGCAGCACCUGGACCACUGCCCCCACGUGCCAGCGGCGGUGGCCAGCCAGAAGGCCGUCAUCUUCCGCAACGUGCCGGACCUCAGCCAGUUCCACAACAGCUUCCUGCAGGAGCUGCAGAGCUGCCAGACAGAUGACGACGUGGCCAUGUGUUUCCUCAAGAACCAGGCGGCCUUUGAGAAGUACCUGGAGUUCCUGGUGGGCCGAGUGCAGGCCGAGUCGGUGGUGGUCAGCACGGCUGUGCAGGAGUUCUACAAGAAAUACUCGGAAGAGGUGCUGUCGGCCAUUGACCCCUCGCAGCCGCCCCCACCGCCGCUGCAGCACUUCCUGGAGCAGCCGGUGCAGCGGGUGCAGCAGUACCAGGCUCUGCUCAAGGAGUUGAUCCGCAACAAGGCGCGGAACCGGCAGAACUGCGCACUGCUGGAGCAGGCCUACGCGGUGGUGUCGGCCCUGCCGCAGCGGGCGGAGAACCAGCUGCACGUGUCGCUCAUGGAGAACUACCCAGGCACCCUGGAGGCCCUGGGCGAGCCCAUUCGCCAGGGCCACUUCAUUGUGUGGGAAGGGGCACCGGGUGCGCGGAUGCCCUGGAAGGGCCACCACCGCCACGUCUUCCUGUUCCGCCACCACCUGGUGGUCUGCAAGCCCAAGAGGGACUCACACACCGACACCUUCAGCUACGUGUUCCGGAACAUGAUGAAGCUAAGCAGCAUCGACCUGAACGAGCAGGUGGAGGGGGACGACCGUGCCUUCGAGGUGUGGCACGAGCGGGAGGACUCGGUGCGCAAGUACCUCCUGCAGGCUCGGACUGUCAUCACCAAGAACGCAUGGGUGAAGGAGAUCUGCGGCAUCCAGCAGCGCUUGGCCCUCCCCGUCUGGCGGCCCCCGGAUUUCGAGGAAGAGCUGGCCGACUGUACAGCCGAGCUGGGUGAAACAGUCAAGCUGGCCUGCCGUGUGACGGGCACACCCAAGCCCAUCGUCAGCUGGUACAAAGAUGGGAAGCCAGUGGAGGUGGACCCUCACCACAUCCUCAUUGAAGACCCUGAUGGCUCAUGCACCCUCAUCCUGGACAAUCUGACCAGCGCUGAUUCCGGCCAGUACAUGUGUUUUGCGGCCAGUGCUGCCGGCAAUGCCAGCACCCUGGGCAAGAUCCUGGUGCAGGUCCCCCCAAGGUUUGUGAGCAAGGUCCGGGCAGUGCCUUUUGUGGAAGGAGAGGACACCCAGGUCACCUGCACCAUCGAAGGUGCCCCACACCCUCAGAUCAGGUGGUACAAGGACGGGGCCCUCCUGACCCCUGGUGGCAAGUACCGGACCCUGAGUGAGCCACGCAGUGGCCUGCUGGUGCUGGAGAUCCGGGAGGCCAGCAAGGAGGACCUGGGCCACUAUGAGUGUGAGCUGGUGAACCGGCUGGGCUCCGUACGAGACGGCGUGGAGCUGUGCCUGCAGGGCCCUACCCUGCAGGCCAGGGAACCACACCGCCGCAGGGAGCACGUGGCUGUGGUGGAAGGUGCUGCUGUCCCACCCCCAACUGCUCUGGAGCAAGUGGACCAGAGCACAUCUGGCCAGAGGACACUGGUGGGCCUGGAGGCUCCGGGAACCUCUGCAGGGGACCACGCUGGCCUGGGCCCCAAGGAGCCACUUGCUCUCCAGGAGGCCAGCCCCCAGCUCCUAGGCACUGAGGCUGCAGAUGAACCUGGCCCUGGCCUCCCACCAGCAGAGUCCAGGAAGGUGCCUGAGUCUCUCCCUCCUGGGAGCCAGGAUCAGGACCCAGGGGCUCCUGUGGCGGCUCACAAACGCAUGGUUCCCAUCAGGAUGGAGAGCGCGGCCUGGCCAGGGACAGAGGCCACUGAGCUCUGGGAUGUCUGCAGCCAUGUGUUCACAGAAACCAUGCACCGGACAUACGUGUACAAGGCCAGCGACCUGGGUGCCGCAGCAAGACCCCCGUCCAUGCAGGUCACCAUCGAGGAUGUGCAGGCACAGGGAGGCAGCACAGCGGAAUUCCAGGCCGUCAUCGAGGGCAACCCACAGCCCACAGUGACCUGGUAUAAGGACAGCGUCCAGCUGGUGGACAGUGCACGGCUCAGCCAGCAGCAGGAAGGGACAACCUACUCCCUGGUGCUGAGGGAUGUGGCCCAGCACGAUGCCGGUGUCUACACCUGCCUGGCCCAAAACGCUGGCGGCCAGGUGCUGUGCAAGGCGGAGCUGCUGGUGCACGAAGGGGCCAGCGAGCUGGGCUCGGGGAAGCAAAGCUAUCGGAGAAAACUGCACUCUUUCUACGAAGUCAAGGAAGAGAUUGGGAGAGGUGUGUUCGGCUUUGUGAAGAGGGUGCAGCACAAGGGCAACCAGAUGUCUUGUGCUGCCAAGUUCAUCCCCCUGCGGAGCAGGACGCGCACCCAGGCUUACCGGGAGCGAGAUGUGCUGGCAGAGCUGAGCCACCCGCUGGUGACCAGGCUGCUGGACCAGUUUGAGACGCGCAAAACGCUCAUUCUUGUCCUGGAGCUGUGCUCAUCAGAGGAACUACUGGACCGCCUGUUCAAGAAGAGUGUGGUGACAGAAGCUGAGGUCAAGGUCUACAUCCAGCAGCUGGCGGAGGGGUUGCAUUACCUGCACAGCCACAGCAUCCUCCACCUAGACAUAAAGCCCCCCAACAUCCUGAUGGUGCAUCCUGCUCGGGAAGACAUUAAAAUCUGCGACUUUGGCUUUGCCCAAAAAAUCACCAUGGCAGAGCCAAAGUAUAGCAAGUACGGGUCCCCUGAGUUUGUGUCCCCGGAGAUCAUUGAGCAGACCCCUGUGAGCGAAGCCUCUGACAUCUGGGCUAUGGGGGUCAUCUCCUACCUCAGCUUGACCUGCGUGUCCCCAUUUGCGGGCGAGAGUGACCGAGCAACCCUCCUGAACGUGCUGGAGGGGCGGGUGUCCUGGAGCAGCCCGGUGGCUGCACACCUCAGCCCGGAUGCUCAGGACUUUAUCAAGGCCGCCCUGCGGAGGGUCCCGGAAAGCCGGCCCAGUGCAGCCCAGUGCCUUGCCCACCCCUGGUUCCAGAAGUCCCUGCCCGCGGAGGAGGCCCACUUCAUCAACACCAAGCAGCUCAAGUUCCUCUUGGCCCGCAGCCGCUGGCAGCGCUCCCUGAUGAGCUACAAGUCCAUCCUGGUGAUGCGCUCCAUCCCCGAGCUGCUCCAGGGCCCGCCGGACAGCCCUUCCCUCGGCGUGGCCCGGCACCUGCGUGGCGACGCCAGCGCCUCUUCCAGCAGCUCCUCGUCCUCCGACAACGAGCUGGCACCCUUCGCCCGGGCCAAGUCGCUGCCACCCUCCCCGGUGACGCACUCGCCGCUGGUGCACCCGCGAGGGUUCCUGCGGCCGUCGGCCAGCCUGCCCGAGGAGGCCGAGGCCUGUCCUCCCGAGGAGGCCCUGCCUCGGCCCGCGCCGCCCGGGGGCACCGAGCCCGCAGCUGCCCCGGGCUGCGUGCCCCGGCAGAGCGUCAUCCGCAGCCUGUUCUACCAGCAGGCCGGCCAGAGUCCGCCGCGCGGGGCCCCGGCCACGGCCACGGCCACGGCCACGGCCACGGGCAGGCGGGUGCCUGCGCGGCGGAGGCACCUGCUCAAGGGCGGCUACUUCGCGGGCGCCGUGCCCGGCCUGCGCGAGCCGCUGCUGGAGCACCGCGCGCUGGAGGAGGCGGCCGCCCGAGAGGAGCCGCCCUCCUUCGAGACUUCCCCGCGGCCGCCCAGCGCCAGCACCGGCGCCCCCGGAGGCCCCUGCCGCAGCCAGUCCCUGGGCUCCGACUGUCCCCGUGGGGCCGGCCCCUCCGGAGAGGCCUGCCAUGAGGGGCAGGGUCCCUCACCCACCCUCUGGGGCCUCCAGGCUGAAACAGGAGGGGAGAGCAUGCCCAGAGAGGUGGCAGGUGCCCCGGAAAUGGAGUCUCGGGAAGGGCAGAGACCAUUUUCAUCUUCUGGCGGAGAUCCUUGCCUUGCUGAGCAAGAGGGGUCCUCCCAGGACAGCUGUGGGGGGCAGCCGGCUCCUUUUUAUCACCCCCAGAGGGGCCCUGCCACCAGGAAGGGCUCUGAUCCCCCUGAGGCUGUUGCACCCCAAGCUCCUGGCUCCUUCCUCUCCCGGGGACUGCAGGCUCCCUCCUCCUCAGCUCAGGCAAGCCUCCAGUCAGGCCCGAAGAUGGGGCUGGAGGCCACCCUGUUUCCUGGGAGGCCCCGUCCCCCCAGCUCUCCAGGGCCAGCCUCCCCAUCUGGCAGGGCGCCCGGCUCCUCCCUGGACACCAAGGAUCUAGCCCAGGAGACAGAGGGCCUGUGGGAGUCUGAGCCCAGCCCACCUCAGCCUCGGGAGCAGGCGACCUCACGGAAGUUCUCCCUCGGGCACCAUGGCGGUUAUGCAGGGGUGGCCGGCUAUGGUGCCUUUGCCUUUGGCGGGGAUGCGGGAGGCAUACUGGGACAGGGACCCCUGUGGGCCCGGAUGACCUGGGCCACCUCUCAGUCCUCGGAGGAACAGGACGAAACAGGGGCCGAGAGCCCACUCCCCCAGGCCAGCGUGGUGCCCUUGCCAGAGGGCAGCGGGGGAAGGGGAUCCCAGGUGUCGCUGGUGCAGAUCCAGGACCUGUCAGGGGACAUGGAGGCAGCAGACACCAUGUCUCUGGAUAUAUCAGAGGUGGAGCCUGCCUACCUCAACCUGUCGGACCUGUACGACAUCAAGUACCUUCCCUUUGAGUUCAUGCUCUUCAGGAAGAUCCCCAAGCCAGAGCUGCCACCAUCCCCAGCGUCAGAGGCCGGGGAGGAGCUGGCUGAGCUCCCAGAGGCCACGUGGUCCUGGCAGGGUGGGCUGGGCCUGCCUGCCAGCCUGGAGAUCAGGGAAGAGCUGGAGGACAGUGAGGCCCUGUUCAGGGAGGCAGGCGGCAGCAGGAAGCGCAAGUGGUCACCCCCCUCCAGUGGCCUGCGCUUCCCUGGGAGGCAUGCCCUGCUGGAUGAGCCUGUGGAACUGGGGCUGCGCCAGAAGGUGAGGGCCUCAGUGGCCCAUAUCUCCAGCCUCCUGAGAGGCAGGCCUCAAGGUCCAGAGAAGGAGGGUCCCCCUAGGAAAAAGGCAGGCCUAGUUUCCUUCCGGCUGUCGGGUCUGAAGAGCAGAGACCAAGCGCCAUCCUUCCUAAGGGAGCUUGCAGAUGAGACCGUGGUCCUGGGCCAGUCUGUGACUCUUGCCUGCCAAGUGUCGGCCCAGCCAGCUGCCCAGGCCACCUGGGAUAAAGAUGGGGUCAUCCUGGAGAGCAGCAGCCGCCUCCUCAUCUCCUCCACACUAAAAAAUUUCCACCUUCUGACCAUCCUGGUGGUGACCACUGAGGACCUAGGCAUGUACACAUGCAGCGUGCACAAUGCCCUGGGCACGGCAGCCACCACAGCUGUCCUCCGGAAAGCAGAGCGCCCCUCGUCCUCCCCGCGCCCAGACAUCGGGGAGGUGUAUACUGAUGGGGUCUUGCUGGUCUGGAAGCCCAUGGAGUCCUAUGGCCCUGUGACCUACAUUGUGCAGUGCAGCCUAGAAGGUGGCAGUUGGAGCACGCUGGCCUCAGACAUCUUUGAUUGCUGCUAUCUGGCCAGCAAGCUUUCCAGAGGCGGUGUGUAUGCCUUUCGGACUGCGUGCGUCAGCAAGGCCGGCAUGGGCCCCUACAGCAGCCCCUCUGAGCAGGUCCACCUGGGAGGGCCCAGGCACCUGGCCUCCGAGGAGAGCUGUCCUGCACCGUCAGCCCAGCCGCUCCCCAGCACGCAGACCUUCGCCUUCCAAACACAGAUCCGAAGGGGCCGCUUCAGCGUGGUGCGCCAGUGCCGGGAGAAGGCCAGUGGACGGGAGCUGGCCGCCAAGAUCAUCCCCUACCACCCGGAGGACAGGACAGCCGUGCUCAGCGAGUACGAGGCCCUCAAGGGCCUGCGCAACCCGCACUUGGCCCAGCUGCAGGCCGCCUACCUCAGCCCCCGGCACCUGGUCCUCAUCUUGGAGCUGUGCUCAGGGCCGGAGCUGCUCCCCUGCCUGGCUGAGCGGGCCUCCUAUUCAGAAUCUGAGGUGAAGGACUACCUGUGGCAGAUGCUGAGCGCCACCCAGUACCUGCACGCACAGCGCAUCCUGCAUCUGGACCUCAGGUCCGAGAACAUGAUCGUCACAGAGUACAACCUGCUCAAGGUGGUUGACUUGGGCAACGCUCAGAGCCUCGCCCAGGAAAGGGUCCUGCCCUCAGAGAGGUUCAAAGACUAUGUGGAGACCAUGGCCCCGGAGCUCCUGGAGGGCCAGGGUGCCGUUCCACAGACUGACAUCUGGGCCAUCGGUGUGACGGCGUUCAUAAUGUUGAGCGCUGAGUACCCAGUGAGCAGCGAGGGCACGCGAGACAUGCAGAAAGGCCUGCGCAAAGGGCUCAUCUUGCUGAGUCGCUGCUACGCGGGGCUGUCCGGGGGAGCCGUGGCCUUCCUGCAGAGCACGCUGUGCGCGCACCCCUGGGGCCGGCCGUGUGCAUCCAGCUGCCUGCAGUGCCCAUGGCUGACUGAGGAGGGCCCAGCCUGCUCCCAGCCCUCCGCGGUGACCUUCCCCACAGCACGUCUGCGUGCCUUUGUGCGAGAGCGUGAGAAGAGGCGGGCGCUGCUGUACAAGAAGCACAACCUGGCCCAAGUGUGCUGAGCGCUUGGUCCUGCGGUGUUUGGGGUGGGGGUGGGGGGGUGUCACACUGCUAGGCAGCACACCUGGCCUCCACACGCAGUAUAUGCACAGACACUAAUAAAAACCA